AUGUCUGAUGAAGCACAACCACCCGCUUGGGCCAAUACACUUUUACAAAGAAUCCACCAGCUUGAACAAAAGCUGCACGGCUCACCUUUGGUCAAUAUUGACCCAAACGUUGUCAUCUGUGCACCUGGCGCUGACUUUACUCCUUCUUCUGCCAUGCUGGACGAAUUGAUGGUCAUUUUUCUACAGUUCAAUAUCGAUCAUACAGCACUCAAACAACAAGCGCGGGAUUUUGCUUACGCCAUGCGUGAACUUUUGUCUGACCUCGCCUCUCAUAUUACCACCUUGCGUACUGAGAACAUGUUCAAAGGAUUAUCGAAGGACCUUGACCCACCAGCGCAGGCGACAGACAAGUUCCUUGUUGACACGCAAGAAAUGUUGGACCACAUCAAACUCCAACAGUCAGUUCAAAACGCAACGCAACGUACUCAACGAAACAAAGGACCUCGAUCCAAACGUUUCAACAAUAACGGUGACACCAAUAAUUAUGCUAAAACGUAUUCAGGCGCCCGUGCACCAGCCACCGACCGAUUAAAUGGUUACAAACAGUCUCACAACAACUUUAGCGGCUUCUCAAAGGAUCAGCCGACUCAACCACGGGGUUCUCACAAGAGCCAGAACCAACAAAAACGGCUCUAG